CGUGUACUUAACUUUAAUAUAAAGUUGUUUUUUUUUAAGUGGCCCUGAUUUUUAAAAAAUUAAAAGCACGUAUAACAGGAAUUCCUAUAUUAACAUGGGACGUGCUCUUUCGGCCGCGCUCCUCAGCAGACUGCUGCCAUGGGCCGCGGGAUCCGUGGGCAGAGGAAGGGCGCCGGCUCCAUGUUCCGCGUGCACGUGAAGCACCGAAAGGACACCGCGUCUCUGUGCGCCAGGGACUUUGCCGAGCAACACGGCUACAUCAAGGGUAUCGUGAAGGACAUCAUUCACGACCCGGGCUGCAGCGCGCCCCUUGCCAAGGUGGUCUUCCGGGAUCCAUACCGUUUUAAGAAGCGGACAGAGAUGUUCAUCACCACCAAGGGCAUCCACACCGGCCAGUUCGUGUACUGUGGCAAGCAGGCCCAGCUCAGCAUCGGCAAUGUGCUCCCGGUGGGUACCGUACCUGGGGGCACCAUCGUGUGUUGUCUGGAGGAGAAGCCUGGUGACUGGGGCAAGCUGGCCAGAGCCUCUGGGAACUAUGUGACUGUCAUCUCCCACAACCCUGAGACAAAGAAGACCAGAGUGAAGCUGCCCUUGGGCUCCAAGAAGGUCAUCUCCUCCGCCAACAGAGCUGUGGCCGGUGUGGUGGCUGGAGGUGGCCACGUUGACAAGCCCAUUCUGAAGGCCAGCCGUGCCUACCACAAGUAUAAGGCAAAGAGGAAUUGCUGGCCAUGCGUGCGGGGUGUGGCCAUGAACCCUGUUGAGCAUCCCUUCGGAGGUGGCAACCACCACCACAUCGGCAAACCCUCUACCAUCUUCAGAGAUGCCUCUGCUGGCUAGAAAGUGGGUCUCAUUGUUGCCCGCCGGACUGGGUGUCUCCGGGGAACCAAGACUGUGCAGGAGAAAGAGAAUUAGGGCUGGGGGCUCAAUAAUGUUUGUCUUUUACACAAAAA